AAUGCUAUGAAUACAAUGGAAAUUUUAUCCAGACAGUUGUGGUCAAGCUCGCGCUCUCUGUCUAACGCCAGUAAAAUUGGCGUGUAUGUUUUCCUUUAUUAAUGUUUCACCAGUCCAGUUAGCGUGUAAGAGAAAACAAGCGUACUUAUUAAUGCAGUUUCGUAAACAUGUCACUCAUAUAUAUUGUUUGUGUUCACUGACAGGAUAAGCGCGUGCGCAGAAACAUCUCUGACAAUUUCACACGAACGCUUUUGUGUAACAGUGACUUUACGGCAUUGUUAAACCUUAUGGUGAUCAUGCGUGACGGAGUUUAUCGUUUAUAUAUGAUAUUAUUUUCGUCACAGCUUUAGGCCCGUGUCUUCUUCAUUUUCUAUGUAAGAAGUGAGGGGGGAAUUUCAAACACAACACCAUAUCUCUCGUGAAGUAAGCAUGCGUUACCCUACAACUAGUUGUCCACAUUCCUUUGCGUAUUAGGGAGUUCUAGACAGAGGGACAUUUUAUUACCUUUUAUAAAAUAAUUGUGAUAAUUCCUGUUUUAAUCAUAUGUUAAUGAAUUCAAGAAGUGUUUGCGCCGGUGUGGUUUUAUAAAUCGACAAAAGGACAGCUUCGGAAAGUAAUGGGUGGACAACAUCGGAAAGUAAUGGGUGGACAGCAGACAUUUUUCUGUGGAGUUUUAUUCGCUUUGGGAUAUGUCGGAUUAAAAUUCGUCCAAAGUGCAGAAGAUAAGAUAUAUGUACGUUUAGUGGGAGGAGAUCAGAAUGGCUCCACCGGCCGCGUGGAAGUCGCUCGGAACCGCUCGGGUCCCUGGGGUAGUGUCUGUGAUGAUCUGUGGACGGAGCGGGAGGCCCAGGUCGUCUGUAGGAACCUGAAUUAUCAGUGGGGCACGGCUCACUCAAACUCACCGUUCGGAGAAGGCUCGGGCUCGAUAUUCUUAGACAACGUCCAGUGUACGGGGACCGAGAGCUCGCUCAGUGAGUGUCAGCACAAUGGAUGGGGGGUCCACAACUGUCGGCACUACGAGGAUGCGGGGGUGUCCUGUUAUAACAACUCAGUCCGAUUAAAAUCUAGAGGAGUAACAAAUUUGGGAACCGUGGAAAUUCGGACGGACGCUGGAUGGGUCCAGGUGUGUGACGAUGAUUGGGACAGGGAGGACGCUCUGGUGGUGUGCCGGGAACAGAACUUUAACAACGGAAUCGCCCUCACCGGCUCCAAGCUCGGAAAAAUCUCCACACACGAUUCAAUGCCCAACGUCGCCUUCAGUCGAUUUCACUGUAACGGGAACGAGCGGUCACUUUUACAAUGCCCCCACCAGAACCUGACAGAACGAUGUAGCAACAUGAAGCGGGCGUCAGCAAUCUGCUUUAAUGGUCCUAUGAACAAAAAUUUUGACAUCCGAUUUGUCAAGACUACCAAUAGCUCGGCUAACACAGUGUGGGGUGAAAUCAGCGUGCGCAGGAAUGGCGUGUGGGGUCAGGUGUGCGGGUCAAGCACGGACUGGAACGAUGUCGCCGCCAACGUGGCUUGCCGCCAAAUGGGCUUCACUGGCGGGGUGGCUUACGGUACCGUCAACGAAACCCUUCGGCCCAUCUGGAUCACAAAGCUCAACUGUACCGGAAACGAGACGUCACUGGACCAGUGUGUCAAGGACAAGGACUCCUGGGGUCAUCCAGUGCACUCCUGUAGACCCGCUUAUGCCCUAUGCUACAGACACAGUAUUACUGCCGAUCUGGUGGACGGGGGGUCGUACUAUGGGCGUGUCCAGAUUACCUAUGACGGCGCCACGGGCACCGUGUGUGAUGACUCCUGGUCCUCUAGCGACGCCAGGGUUCUCUGUAAGUCUAAGGGGUACGCAGAUGGCGAGCCGAUCUCCAACUCUUACUACGGUAAGGGCAGCGGCCAUAUCAUGAUGAACGGACUGAGCUGUUACGGCUACGAGUCGUCCAUCUUCCAGUGUAGGAACGACGGCUGGAUGACGUACAAGGGCUCCGAAUGUAGCAACCAUACGAAGGACGCCUCCGUUAUCUGUUACAAGGAUGUUCGACUAUCAAGGGGAGAUCACUCGCACGGCGUGGUACAGAUUAUGGACCAGUACUGGUCAGUCCUGUGUGGUGAAGGAUUCACGGACACAGAUGCCAAGGUCAUUUGCCGAGAGUUGGGAUUCCAGUACGGACGAAACCUCCCGAAGGGGACCUUUGGGACGUUUUACGGCAGAUACUCCAGACCUAACAUCACGUGUCACGGGAACGAGAGCACUAUUUUGGAUUGUAAAUAUGACGAGCUGAGGAGCUGUCAGAGAGAGAACUACCUCGGCUAUGCCGCCGUGUCCUGUUACAACGGAACCCUCAACAAAACCUUGAAGCUGCGUCUGGAGAACGGCGCGUUCGGGUACGAGAACCAAACUGGGCGGGUGGCGGUGAUGAAGUACGGUAUCUGGGGACGAAUCUGUCCCAGCGCCUGGGACGACAAGGACGCCGACGUGGUGUGUCGUCAGCUCCACUACACAGGCGGGGUGGCGUACCAGGAGACGUCCUCUGGCAGCGGUCCUUACUUCCUGGGGGAGGUGAACUGUAAGGGGUCGGAGAGCCACCUGUUUAACUGUUCUAUAGGCGUGGAGGAGUGUGACUCCCAGUACUCCCUGGGGUCGGCCGGGGUCCUCUGCUACCGUCAGCAAAAACCACAACUUCGUCUGGUGGGAGGGACCCACAACACCGGCCGUCUGGAGAUUAUCAUGGACGACGAGGUGGGCACCAUCUGUGACCAGGGCUGGUCCCGAUACGACGCCACCGUGGCCUGUCGACAGCUGGGCUUCACCGGCGGGGAGUUCAGGAGGGGUUUACCGGGGCCUAACGUGACCAAGUUCUUGUCCAGUAUGAACUGUUUCGGCUCCGAGUCCAGUAUCUUCAUGUGUAGGAACCCUGGAUGGAAACAGAACAUUCCCUCCGACUGCUACGAGCCGAACAGGAACGCCGGGGUCUUCUGUUACAACAACGUGCGGAUCAGCAGCGGACAGACUGAAGACAACGCUACUACCGGUCAGGUCGAGAUGUACAAGGAUGGAAACUGGGUCACGGUUUGCGCGGACGGCUUCGAUGAAAAUGACGCGCAGGUCGUAUGUAGGGAACUUGGCUUCGGCAACAGCAAAACACUGGUCCCCGGAGCGUUUGGGUCUAAGUACUACACUAACUCCAUUCUGAACCUGAACUGUACCGGGACCGAGGCAACGGUCAAGGAGUGUAAAUUUGAAGAGGGCACAUGUGCACAACGGUCCUAUAAUUACGCCAGCGUCAUUUGCUCAAAAUACUCGAUGGCAAGAGAAAAGGUGGACCUUCUCCCCCGCUCAGAGUUCCCAGACACACUGCUGGUGGAGAAGUUCGGGAUCCAGGGCACCAUUUGUGCGGAGAAUUGGGACGAUAAUGCUGCAGGCGUGGCAUGUCGCCAACUUGGCUAUACUGGCGGCGUGCCGUUUGGACCCAGGUACUACAGUUCCCGUACCCCCAUCUGGUUGUCCAGUGUCAACUGUACCGGCAAAGAAAGAAACAUCAACGACUGCACGAAAGCUGUGGCCCCUGUAAGCCAGACGUGUUUAUCGAGCCGACUGGCCGCCAGGGUUUUCUGCUAUAACGGAAAUGGCUUCAACAUCCGAUUGGCGGGUACCGACAACACCUACAGUGGUCGUGUGGAAAUCUCGUACAAUGGCGUCUGGGGAACAAUCUGUGACUCCUACUGGAACAACAACGACGCCAGGGUGGUCUGUCGCCAGCUGGGCUUUGUUGACGGUGUUGCUCAACCCCGCGGGAAAUAUGGCGGGGGAGAAGGACCUUCCUGGCUGUACUAUGUACGAUGUGACGGCAACGAGAAGUCCAUCUGGGAGUGCAGCAACAGCGGCUGGAAUGUGACGCACACAUCGUGUAGGACGCACGAAUAUGACGCUGGUGUCUACUGUACUGGGCAAGUGCGACUUGAGCCUAAUAUUACUUUUGGUGCCGUGGAGCUGUGGCAGGAUACCCAGUAUGCCCUGGUGUGUGCGGACGGAUUUGAUGACAGUGACGCUAAAGUCGUCUGCCAUUCCCUGGGAUACAGGAACGGCAUCAGUAUCUGCUGCUCCGUGUUUGGCGAUAUGCCAGAUUACCAGAUAUCUAUAAAUAACGUUCAAUGCACUGGUCACGAGUCCUCCAUUCUUCAGUGUGAAUACACCAACAAUGCUGACGGUUGUCUCAGCAAACGCUACGCCUCUGUCGCCUGCUCAAACGCUGCAUCUAGCGGAGCUUACGAACUCCGUCUGUCAGAGGACAACAAGGGCGUGGUACAGGUUCGCCACCUGAACGUUUGGGGCUCUAUAUGUUCAGAUGGCUUUGACAACAAAGAUGCCAAGGUUGUUUGCCGUGAAUUAGGUUACCAAGACGGUUUCUCUUACUAUGAGCACGAUUUCACCCGCCGCCGCUUAAGUCUGCCAUGGUUAUCCAAUCUAAACUGUACCGGCAACGAGGGCUACAUAGCUCGCUGUGGAAAUAUCCGAUGGGGAAAUGUAGGCAAUUGCUCACAGGACACAAAAGCUGCUGUUUAUUGCUUAGAAAACGCCAAUAUUCCCAUUCGACUCAUUAAUGGUUCGAACAACUCCUCCGGCCGAGUGGAACUCUCCAUCAACAACCAGUGGGGCACCAUCUGUGGUUCCGGUUUCUGGGAUGACGAGGACGCCACAGUUUUGUGUCGCAUGCUCAAUCACACAAGCGGCCGCGCACUGGGCUACGGUCAAUUCGGCGCGGGCGACGGGCCAAUCUGGAUCGCCUACUUACGUUGUCAAGGAGACGAAGAAUCCAUCUUUAACUGCCCGAUGUCUUUCAACGAGCAGAGGUCAACCUUGAGUGGAAUGUUUAUACCAAGGGGAGGCAAUCGUCACAUGUGCUUCUCUCACAACUCGGACGCUGCUGUACAAUGCUACGACUCAGUACGACUUGUGGAUUCAAAAGACGUGUUUUACGGUCGCCUAGAGAUGUACAUCAACAAGACAUUUACCAGCGUAUGUGACGAGGGCUUCACGGACCGCUCCGCGAAAGUGGCCUGCAACAUCCUGGGAUUCCCUUACGGCAAGAAACAGUGCUGCUCGGCACUGGGUCCUCAUCCAACCAGUCAAAUCACCGUCACUAACGUGCAAUGUCGGGGUUCGGAGAGAAGUUUGGACCAAUGCCCACACCAGACAACGACUAAAGUCCCUUGUAGGAGUGGAAAAUACGCGUCUGUGUAUUGUUCAAAGAACCAGAUCGUUUCAAAAGAAUUACAAGUAAAGAUUCGAGAAGAGGAGAAGUAUUACGGAUCCGUGGAAGCUAAUGAGUAUGGGUUCUGGAGCCCUGUGUGUAACGUGGACUGGGACGACCAUGACGCAAAUGUCACGUGUCGACAGAUGAACUUUUAUGGGGGCGUGGCAUUUAGGGGAUCGUCAAGACUGACAACUCCAAUAUCCGUGGGACGUUUCAACUGCAGUGGCACUGAACAAACACUGAAGGAUUGUCCACACAAGAAAUUUGAGGAAGAUCUGGGUUGUUCCGAGAAAAUUGAGGGUCGUUUUACCAGGACGUCGGCCGGCGUGCUGUGUUACCAGGAUCCCAAUGGCGUGAAGUUCCGGAUUGCUGGAGACGGAAAAAGCGGAGUGGUAGAGGUUCUGUUUAACGGGAAGUGGGGGCGGGUCUGUAACCGUCGGUGGGACGACCGUGACGCACGCGUGUUCUGCCGGUCUCUUGGGCGGGGCUUCAUUGACGGGGAGGUGGGACCCGACCCGACGACCAGCGGCACUGAGUAUGUGUGGAUCGACUACUUGGACUGUGAGGGGGACGAGCAGGGACUGUUACAAUGUAGUCUACACUGGGACCCCGACUACUCACAGUGUAAGGACGCCAGCGUCAUCUGCAUGGACAAUGUGCGCCUGGACAAAGGAGACAAGCGGAGUCACGGGGUGGUGCAGGUCUAUAUGGAGGACCACUGGGGCACUGUAUGUGGACACCUCUGGUCGGAAGCCGACAUCAGGGUGACGUGCAGACAGCUUGGGUAUGAACAUGGAUUGUCCGUCUGUUGUGGUGCCUAUGGUUACAGCUACGACACGGGAAUCAUCGACAAGGUCAAUUGUUCCGGAAACGAGAAGAGCCUCCUUAACUGCACUGCGGCGCCGCCAGUGGCUGCAUGUCACCAAGACUACGCCGCUGUGGCGUGUUACAAUGGACAGCUUCCGUCAAAGACUGAAUAUACACUUGGCAUUGCCGGUUCCAGUAAUAAUUCCGGGUCGUUAGAAUUGACGUAUAUGAACAUUUCCGGUCGGAUAUGCGCAGAUGAUUGGGAUGAGAAAGACGCAACAGUGGCAUGCAGACAGAUGGGCUAUGUCAAAGGUUUGCCAUACAAGCAUAAAAUCCUCUUUGCUAAGGGUACACCUAUCUGGGCUACAAAAGUGAAUUGUACCGGAAGUGAGUACAAGCUAUCCCAGUGUCCCAACUUCACGCUUGGUCACGUCGACGACUGCAUCGAGAGAUAUGACGCUGGAGUUGUUUGUUAUUCCACUGUUGGCGUUAACUUCCGGUUGACGGGUGGAACGUCUUACUAUGGCCGCGUGGAGAUGGCGGUAGACGGUUUGUGGGGAACCAUCUGUAAGCGGUUCUGGGACGACCCCGAGGCCAGCGCCUUCUGUCGCUCCUUGGGCUUCAACACGGGCUUCCCCUACCACAAAAACGCGGACCUGCGCGCGGACGACCACGUGCCGAUCUAUGAACCCAACAUGCACUGUAAAGGGAAGGAAAACUCUCUGCUGGACUGUCCACACGAGGGGUGGAAGCGGAACUUCUCCAAGACCUGCGAAUUACAUGACAUGGACGCCACCGUACACUGCUACAACACAAUAAAAUUGGACACGGGGAUUGGUGUCGAAACAAAGCACGGUCCUGUGAUGUUUUACUACAACGACACCUGGAGUCUGAUCUGUGACCGAGACUUUGACGAUAUGUCCGCUCGAGUCGUCUGCCGGGAACUCGGUUUCGUGGAGGGCAAGGCCAUUUGUUGCUCGGCCUACGGUAAAACGUUUGACUCGAUUCUAAAGGGAAAGUCGCUGAAGUGUUCGGGCUCGGAGAGCUCCAUUAGUGAGUGUCUGAAGGACUCCCAGUGUGAUCAGUACGACACCUACGCCUCAGUCAUGUGCUUCACCCCCGAGGAUCUCAGGAACGAGACCAUGAUGUCAGGCAAGCUGACCUUUGGCUUCGUGAGUCCCGAUAACCCUGACGACGCCCCCUCCAGCCUGUCUAGCAUGGGCGGGGUAGUGGCGGUGUCGCAGUUCAACGUCACCGGAAGAAUCUCUAGCCGCCAUUGGGACGAUAAAGAGGCCGCCAUCUUCUGUCGGUCGUUGGGCGCGCGAUAUGGCCUCGCUUACCAGACCUCCUCAAAUCCUAUCCGGUCAGACCCAGUCUUUUUGGUCAGUGAUUUCAACUGCACGGGCAGCGAGGCGUCGCUACAGGAAUGCAAGUUCCAUGACCGUCUGACGUUAGGGAACAGCACCAUGGCUAACGCUGCCGCCGCCCUCUGCUACAACGAGUCAGGAAUCAAUUACACUCUGGCUAAUGGCGGUAAGAAUUACGGGCGGGUAGAGCUGGCCUUCAACAAUCAGUGGGGCACGAUCUGUGACCUCUCCUGGGACGACAAGGAUGCCGGGGUCUUCUGUAGAAUGAUGAACUUCUCGGACGGAUACGCCAUUUCCGGGGCCCAGUACGGGGAGGGCAAGGGGCCGGUGUGGCUCAGUCAUCUUGUCUGUAAUGGCGACGAGAAGUCGAUCCACUCAUGCGCACACAGAGGUUUCAGUGAGGAAGUCGUGACCACGGGCUGGAAGAAGUGUACUUCUCACAAGGACGAUGCUGGGGUCUUCUGCGUGAACAAAUUGAGAUUAAAUCUUGGAUACAACGCCUCGAUGGGAGCGGUAGAGAUCUACCAUGAUGAUCAGUGGAUGGCGGUUUGUGACGACGGAUUCAAUGGACUGGCCGCGCGUGUCGUCUGCCAGACGCUGGGGUACAAGGAGGGGGUGGUGGUGCUGGGCUCCGCCUUCGGGGAGACGACUGGACCAAUCAGAGUGCGGCGCAUUGAUUGUGGCGGCAACGAAAAGGAUUUGUUCAACUGCAACUUUGAAUUCACGGACAAACCCGUGUGCAAGAAAUACAUCUCGGUUUAUUGUAGUAACGUCCAAAUCUACAAUACAGGCUUCAAUCUGACGUUGGAUCGGGAUGACGUACACUCGGACACCCACGGCGAAGUCAUGAUCAACAUGAACGGGAUCUGGGGCAGCAUCUGCAUGAACAGCUGGAGCAGGAAGGAGGCCACCGUGGUUUGUAAGGGACUGGGCUUCAGGGGAGGGGUACCCUACCAGGUGCCCUCUAACAGUAACUACAAGCGCCCAAUUCUGAUGAGUGACGUGCAGUGUACUGGCACGGAGACCAGUCUGGCUCAGUGUAAAUACACGGAGUGGUACCAAGGCUCCAAGUGUCUGUACAAAGACAACCGAGCCGGCGUCCUCUGCUACACACAGCCAAAUGGUCUUCAAUACAGACUAAUGAACUCAUCUCACGCCGAUAGAGGGCGCGUCGAGAUUGUGUAUGAUGGGAAAACUGGAGGCAUAUGUAACUUCCUAUGGGACUCCCGAGAUGCCUCUGUCUUUUGUAGAGAUUUAGGCUACGCCGACGGAAUCGAGAUCGAGGGUGGACAGUUCGGUAACCCUGACGACAUGCUGUGGUUUACACGUGUGGGUUGUCUAGGGGAGGAGGACGAGCUGAUGAAAUGUGAUCACUCGGGCUUCAACAGCUCGGGGAAGGUGGAGUCUACGUACGAACGACUCUGUAGACGACGCACGAGGGACGCGGCCGCCUGGUGUUUCCGGGAGAAAGUCGAAAUAACCAACGUGAGACUGGCAGGCUCCGUGUCCGGGGCGACAAACAUGGGCCGCGUGGAGGUGUUUGUGACGGGGCCCAAUGAGUGGGGCACAGUCUGUGACGAUUACUGGGACGACCGUGACGCCACUGUCGUCUGCCGAAGUUUGGGCUACGAAACAGGAGUGAUGAAGAAACACGGGGUGUUCGGGCGCGGAUCUGGCCCCAUCUGGCUGGACAACGUGGAUUGUGCAGGGACAGAGAAUGGAAUCAAGGAGUGUCGACACAACGGCAUCAACAUACAGAACUGUAACCAUGGCGAGGAUGCAGGCGUCGUCUGCUCAGGUUUACGGAAGUCGGCCGAGUCCUCGCAGGCGGCGGGCGGCGACGAGAACUCGGUGGUGAUUGCGGUGACCGUUCCCAUCAUCCUCCUGCUUUUCUCCAUCUUGGUCAUUCUCGGCGGUUGUUAUUGGUAUCAAAGACUUAAACAAGAUGACGGCAUGAAAUCUGUGCUCGUGGAAAGUGAAAUGACGGAUACUAACGAGACUACAUUGUCGUCAACUUCCGCUUCCGAGUCAACGGCCCGUGUCACGUUGUCAAAACUAAGAGCGACUUUCUCCAAAUCAAAGGAAAAUAAAGGUUUAGGAAAUCCAAAUUAUAAUGGGUUUGAGGCGCACAACCCAGGAGAGUCGACGUCCUAAGUACCCGGAUGUAGUUGUUUAGUUAUCAACAGUAGUGUGGAUGAAAAUUUUGUAUGAAAGGACAUUUCUGACACAAAUUGAUUUUAUUUGUGACAAGUUUAACAGAUACAGUUUGGUUGUAAAGAUGUGUACAUUCUUAUCAUUGCUUCAGUGCUAAAUUUUAAACAUUUCUCGCUUGUCUGGAUGUGAAAUAUAUAUUUUUCUAUAUUUAUAUCAUUAAAGUAAUUUGUGAUACAG